AGAAAAGGGCAGAUUAAUAGUGGCUGCUGGGAGAGCUGCGCGCCGCUCCGGGGGAGCCGUGUGUCAAUCUGUGUUAUUUGGCGUCAAAGGGAAACAGAGCCCAUCGAGCACCUGUGACUUGAACCUGGGAGCCUUGUUCCUAGAGCUCUGUGGGUGGGGGGUUCAGUGACUGGCACAGGGGCAGCCCUGGCAUUGGGUGCUUUGAUUCUUCCCGUCUCAUUUCCAUCCGUACCCGACAGGAAUGGCGCUGGAUUUCUUUGCAGGAUGCGCAGGAGGUGCAGCUGGUGUGCUAGUUGGACAUCCGUUUGAUACUGUUAAGGUGCGUCUUCAAGUUCAGAGUGUAUCAAAUCCCAAGUAUCGCGGGACCAUUCACUGCUUCCAGUCCAUUAUCAAGCAGGAAAGUACCCUAGGGCUCUACAAAGGAAUUGGAUCACCCAUGAUGGGACUUACAUUUAUCAAUGCCCUUGUGUUUGGUGUUCAAGGAAACACACUAAGAUAUCUUGGCAAAGACACUCCAUUAAACCAGUUUCUUGCAGGUGCCGCCGCUGGCUCCAUUCAAUGCGUCAUCUGUUGCCCCAUGGAAUUAGCAAAAACAAGGAUGCAACUUCAGGGAACAGGAGAAUACAAAUCCAGGUCAAAAACGUACAAAAACUCUCUGGACUGUAUGGUGAAAAUCUACCGCAAGGAAGGUGUGCGGGGUAUUAAUAGAGGGAUGGUGACCACCUUCCUCAGGGAGACGCCAAGUUUUGGAUUUUACUUCUUAACAUAUGAUUACCUGACAAGGUAUCUUGGCUGUGAAAUUAAUGACACUUUCAUUAUUCCCAAGCUUCUGUUUGCUGGAGGAAUGUCUGGGAUUGUAUCAUGGCUCUCCACCUAUCCCAUUGAUGUGAUCAAGUCAAGGCUUCAGGCAGAUGGAAUUGGAGGAGUGAAUAAUUAUAAUGGCAUAAUGGACUGUGUUCGAAAGAGUUACAAGGAAGAAGGCUGGAGAGUGUUUUCAAGAGGUCUGACCUCUACCUUACUCCGAGCCUUCCCGGUUAAUGCGGCUACAUUUGCCACAGUCACUUUGUUCCUUAUGUACAUGAGAGGAGAAAAUGACAUAAGUGAAUGUGACGCUGGCCCAGCGAUUCAGCAGCCAACUAGCAUGUGAUGUGCAUUUUAGCAAAUAUGUCCAUAAAUCUCGGAGCGUUAUUUUUAUAUAUGGGAGCUGUAUAAAUUGGAUGUACAUAACUUUUAUGUAUAGUUGUUUUUACGCAUUUAGACAGGAUUUCAUCUCAUUAGUUUUAUCAUAGACCAUGGCCUUAAUUUAAAACACUAAUAGAAUAGGUAGGUCACUGUUAUUGAGAUUCCUUGUGGAUCUCCUACAGUAGAGGGAGGGUAUUGAUGAAAGUUGCUGAGGCAUGGGUAUUGGAACCUUCCAGCAAAAAAGAACUUAUGUCUCCAAAAUCCAUUCUUAUAGAAUUUCUGCUGCUUUCAAUGAAUUCAUUACAUCCAGAUAUGUGAAUAGCCUUUAUCCAUACUUAUGUAUGAGAGAUUCUCUUUACAGCUGCUACAGCUGAUUCAAAAUGUUACAUUACAUGGUAUGCUAGAUUCAGUCUUCUUUCCCUGAAAUAUAAUACCAGAUAUCAACAGUCAUUACCAUUCAAAUAAGGUUGCUUCUCUUAAAUGGCCAGUAACACCAACAAAUGUGAAUGGCAUAUGAAGUUUACAUGAAGCAGAGGUCCUGCUAUUUAUUACAUUGUGUGCUUGCUCUCAGCUCUAGUGUCUGUAGACAGUAUUUAUCUGUUCUCACUGUAAAAAGUAAAUAUACAUGUGUUCAGAGAAACACAGAUAAUACAUGUUCACAGCUUGGGCCAGAAAGCCCUACAAGAUGAAAGUAAAAUAUUUUACAUUAAAAUGUGCUUUCUAGAAAUACUGUAGAAUGUAAACAUGCAUAAGACAUAUACAUUUUCUGGUGUUACCGGUCUUCUAAGGGCAAAUAAAAUCAUACAUGUAACUAUAUUGCUCCCCAUGCUAAACACAGCCCUGUGUUUUUAUUUAUUUUUAAUUCCUGUCUUCACCUAGUAGACAACUGAAUUCACAACUUUAGGUCUAUCUGUUACAUAUCCUAUACCAACUGCAUUGAAAGGACAGGGGCAAUGCAAAACCUCUAUUUUCUCCAACAUUUGGAACUGUUCAGAGACUGAAUUGGCUAAAUAUUUUUUUAAAGGGUAUCCCCUCUUUCAACAUUAGUCUAAUGAAUAGAGCUUGUGCUGAACAAACUUUUUGUCUAUUGUUUUAAUUUAAUGAAAUAUGUACAGGUAUGGGUCCUGUUAUCCAGAAUACAGGACCAUUAUUUCCAUGAUUUGGAUCUUCAAUAAGCCUCCCAGAUUUCUGCAUAACGAGUUUCCGGAUAAUGGCUCCCAUACCUGUGCAUUUUUUUUGUUAUUUCUUGCACUAAACUGGGCAACAUCUGAAGUUAAAAGUAAAGUCACUUACUGCUUCCAGUUCUGUUGAGUGCAAUGAAAACAAAUCAAAUCUUCUCAGUCCACUGUAAAAACACACCCCACUUUUCCUCUAGCUGCAGCCGGUUAGGCUUUCAGACAAGGAGUGGCUAAUUAGCCUUGCAGUCUGUUGACAGCACAAGGUUUUUUCUUUGCAAUAAUGUUGAAACAGUGGGUAUACUGCCCCUUUCAUUAGUUUCAAUCAGAUCAAUACGAUUUCAUAUUUUCCAGCCAGUAGGCCUAGAAGUUAGGUAACUUUAUCACACGAUGGUUGUUGAGUGUGAGGUCAGCUUUUGACCACUCACACUACAGAUUUUCAUGCAAGUUUGUCAUAUUACAUUUAGACUGAUCAAUUACUAACACAAUGGGACUGCAAUGAGGCUCCAUAAAUUACAGUGCAACAUGAUUGGGAUCAAACUAUGAACUGCUUAGUGUAGAAAGACCCAAAACAUUCUCAAAGAGUAAGCACUGGGUCUUUUUUACAUAGACUUAGUAGGAUCCAUUCACUGCAUGAAUAUCUGUAGUGUGGGUAAGUCCUCUAAUAUCAUAUGGUUUCAGCAUGAAUAUUAUGUGUCUUAUUUUUAAUUAGAGGCAAUUUAUGGUAGUAUGUUUGGCAGCCUGGCUAGUAGGGAUUUCUGCAUGUCCUUUCCUCAAGGGAAUAUUCUUUCAUAAUAGUGUCUAUUCUUCUCAUUUUGAGGGGUCUGUUGAGCAAUAUGAAACCUCUAGUUUGUAAACGGUCAUGGGCCUCUAUUUCCUUUGGUCUGUCUGAUCUUGACACAAAAUAUAUUCUCAUUGUUCCCUUUAAUAUUUUUUACAGUGCUGUGAAUCAGAUUUGCUGCUUUAUAAAUAAACAGUAAUAAUAAGUCAGUACCAAACGCAGGUUCCAGUGCUAUUCUUUAUUAAAUUUGAAUGUGUCGUGUUCUCAAGCAUUUCAAAUCUGCACAUAUAAACAGAGGACCAAUUGGACAAUGAAAGUGGCGUUAUACAUUUAUUUUUUUUUAUAUUGCCUCUGCAACAAAAUAUCUAGAGGUGAUUGUACAGCUUCCCUUUAUUUACCCCACCCCCAGUUUCUAUGGAAGUGUCACUGACUCAUAUUGCUUCUACCACAUUGGGCAGUCCCUGUGCUAGCAUGCACGCUCUCCUAUGUCUGCACUCAGAGGCACUGCCUUGCUUUAUGUGCAGACACAUCCAUACCAAAAUCUGCUGUGUGUGUCUGCACCCAGGCCAGUAGGAAAACAAAAAGCAAAAUGGCACUCAGGGCGUUGCAUCUUUUUCGCAAAUAAAGACUUUCUAACAAGGAAAUAUUUCCCGUUAGCCCUGAGUGCCAUUUUGCUUUUUGUUUUCCUGCUGGUUUUUGUGAGGGUGCCGAUCCCUCUGGCAAUGUGCACCGGGCAGUUAAAUUUGGAGAACUAGGGUGUGCGGUAAGGCCUCUGUUGUAACUGCACCCAGGCCAGUGCAAGUGCCUCUAGGUGCAGACACAAGAAAGUGCGGAUCUGAGCUGAGGGGAUGUUUUUAGUGCUGUGCUUAUAUGCAGCCUAGUGUGGCAGUAGCCUUAGCCUUGCCUAAGCUGCCAUUGCUUGUUAGAAUGGAUAGCACCAAGCUCCGUAUCAUCUGCGUUAUCCCCCCUCUUGUGUUAUAACACAUACAAGAAGCCAAAAAAAGGUAUCGGAGUGGCUUGAAACUACUUUGAAUGACUGUAACACAAAAAAAUGGUAUUUUCUACAGGUAUGGGGACUGUUAUCCAGAAUGCCUGGGACCUGGGGGGUUUUCAGAUAAGGGGUUUUUCCAUAAUUUUGAUCUCCAUACUUUGCUAAGAAAAAAAAAAUUAAAUAAACCCAAUAGGAUUGUUUUGCCUUCAAUAAGGAUUAGUUUUAUAUUAGCUGGGAUCAAGUAUAAGGUACUGUUUUAUUAUUACAGAGUAAAAGGAAAUCAUUUUUAAAAAUGUAACUUAUUAAAUUAAAAUGGACAUUGUAA